AUGGAUCAGGCGGAGCUGACUAUGGAGCAGGUACUGAAAAGGGACAUUCCAUGGGAGACUUACAUGACAACUAAGCUGAUUUCAGCAACAGGUCUCCAGCACUUAAGGCGCUAUGACAAAAAACCUGAGAGUGAGAGGGCACAGUUGCUGGAUGAAGAUGGUCCAGCUUAUGUUCAUCUGUUUGUUAGCAUCUUACGUGACAUAUUCAAGGAAGAAACUGUGGAAUAUGUUUUGGCUUUGAUCUAUGAAAUGCUCUCAGCAAACCCAGCGAGAGCUCGUUUAUUCCAUGAUCAAUCUUUGGCAAAUGAGGAUACUUACGAGCCUUUCUUGAGGUUGCUGUGGAAGGGAAAUUGGUUCAUUCAAGAAAAAAGCUGCAAGAUCCUUGCCUGGAUAAUAAGUGCUAGGCCAAAAGCUGGUAAUGCUGCUAUUGCUAAUGGAGAAGCUUCGGGUUCUAAGAAACAGAUUACUACAAUUGAUGAUGUACUCAAGGGGUUGGUGGAGUGGCUUUGUGCUCAGUUGAAGCAACCUUCUCAUCCUACUCGUGGUGUUCCAAUUGCAAUCAGCUGCCUGUCGUCACUGCUUAAGGAGCCUGUUGUCAGAUCAUCGUUUGUUCAGGCUGAUGGAGUGAAGUUACUUGUCCCUCUGAUCUCCCCAGCAUCCACUCAGCAGUCUAUUCAGCUUCUCUAUGAAACAUGUCUCUGCAUCUGGCUUCUGUCCUACUAUGAACCCGCAGUGGAGUACCUGGCAACAUCCAGGACAAUGCAAAGGCUCACGGAAGUGGUCAAGAGCUCCACUAAGGAAAAGGUUGUGAGGGUGGUCAUAUUGACAUUCAGGAACUUGCUUCCAAAAGGUACAUUUGGUGCCCAGAUGGUUGAUCUUGGACUGCCACAUAUUAUCCACAGUCUGAAAACGCAAGCAUGGAGUGACGAGGACUUGCUGGAUGCACUGAACCAACUAGAAGAAGGGCUAAAGGACAAGAUCAGGAAACUGAGUUCCUUUGACAAGUAUAAGCAAGAGGUUCUUCUUGGUCAUCUUGACUGGAACCCAAUGCACAAAGAGGCCAAUUUCUGGCGUGAGAAUGUCACAUGCUUUGAGGAGAAUGACUUCCAGAUACUCAGGGUCCUCCUGACGAUCCUGGACACGUCGAGUGAUCCAAGAUCAUUGGCGGUGGCAUGCUUUGAUCUCUCACAGUUCAUACAGUACCAUGCAGCGGGGAGAGUGAUCGUAACAGACCUCAAGGCGAAAGAACGAGUGAUGAAACUGAUGAACCAUGAGAACGCUGAGGUUACAAAGAACGCACUCUUGUGCAUCCAGAGGCUUCUCCUUGGUGCUAAGUACGCUAGCUUCUUGCAAGCUUGA